ACAAACUUUGGCGAGUCUGUGAGUUUUUCUUUUUUUAAAUAGGGCAAGGCAAGGCUUUCACACAGCAAGAGUGGGCCAUCGGGCUGCACAACUGCGGCGUCUCGCUGCACGAGAUCUCGCGGGAGACUAGACGUUUGCGCACGUGCUUGCGGAACGCGGUCAGGGCGGAGCGAGGACCGCAGACGGACAUCGGUUGCAGUAAAGAAAGGGCAGGCCGGCCUCAUGCACUAACCCAAUGGAAGUGCGGCAGGACGUUCGUGCAGCCGCGGCCAGUGACCAGUUCGCCGCCGAACUGAAGGCCAACCACGGUAUCAAGGCUUCGAUGCGGACGGUGCAGAGGCUGCUCCAGCGAGUCGACCAUCUGGUGUAUACCAAAAUGGACGGUACUCUACUCCCCACCGCUGCCCACAAGACUGCCGCAAUGGGGUGGGCAGAAGAGCACAUUUUUGAUCCGGGUAAGCAACCACGUUUUAUUUUAGUUUAUUUUGAAAUACUAUUUAAGCACGCAUCAAGUGAAACGAUGAGAUUCUUGCAAGAAAUGGAGGUCAACACAAUGGCGUGGCCAGCUCGCACCCCCGACUACAACCUUAUCGAGAAUGUAUGGUCGGGAAUGGCAGCGCGGGUAUCCGCCCAUGGCCUCCAAUACCAUAUUACUGGCAAGAUUGAAGAAGCUAUAAGGUAGGAUGGGACUCCAUCGUGAACGAGUACUUGCUCAAGCUAGUUGUGUCCAUGCCUCGGUGUUGUCUC